AUGACUUUUUAUAGCUUCUGUUUGGUCCUCUUUGCAUUUACUUGGAGUAGCUCUGCCUAUGGACCAAAUCAAAGGGCACAGAAGAAAGGAGACAUCAUUCUUGGAGGACUGUUUCCCAUUCAUUUUGGAGUGGCUGCUAAACACCAGGAUCUGAAAUCUAGGCCAGAAUCGGUAGAAUGCAUAAGGUACAAUUUCCGUGGUUUUCGCUGGCUACAGGCGAUGAUCUUUGCCAUUGAGGAAAUUAAUAGCAGCCCAACUCUUCUUCCCAAUAUGACUCUUGGAUACAGCAUAUUUGAUACCUGCAACACAGUGUCUAAAGCUUUGGAAGCUACACUGAGUUUUGUGGCCCAAAACAAGAUUGACUCUCUGAAUCUGGAUGAGUUCUGCAAUUGCUCAGAUCAUAUUCCCUCAACAAUUGCGGUAGUGGGAGCAACAGGCUCUGGGAUUUCCACUGCAGUUGCCAACCUUCUGGGUCUCUUUUAUAUACCUCAGGUUAGCUAUGCUUCAUCCAGUCGGCUCCUGAGCAACAGGAAUGAGUACAAAUCUUUCCUGCGCACAAUACCUAAUGAUGAGCAUCAGGCCACUGCUAUGGCUGACAUUGUAGAGUACUUCCGCUGGAAUUGGGUAGGUACCAUUGCAGCAGAUGACAAUUAUGGCCGGCCGGGUAUUGAAAAGUUCAGGGAAGAAACAGAGGAAAGAAACAUCUGCAUUGACUUCAGUGAGCUCAUUGCCCAGUACUUGCCUGAGGAUCAGAUCCAGCAGGUGGUGAAAGUCAUCCAGAAUUCCACUGCCAAAGUGAUUGUUGUCUUCUCCAGUGCGCCUGACCUAGAACCACUGAUCAAAGAGAUUGUCACACGGAACAUCACUGGCAGGAUUUGGCUGGCAAGUGAAGCCUGGGCCAGCUCAUCAUUGAUAGCUAUGCCACAAUUCUUUCAUGUCAUGGGGGGCACUAUUGGAUUUGCUCUUAAGGCGGGACAGAUUCCUGGCUUUCGUGACUUUCUGCAGAAGGUAAACCCUAAGAAAUCUGCUAACAAUGGAUUUAUCAAAGAGUUUUGGGAGGAGACAUUUAAUUGCUACCUACCAGAAGGAAACAAAAAUUUUCCAAGUUCUUUCCACAAAGGCCAUGAAGAAGGCGCUAGAGCUGGAAAUGGUACGGCUGCAUUCCGUCCCCCAUGUACAGGGGAUGAGAACAUCACCAGUGUGGAGACACCAUACAUGGAUUAUACUCACCUGCGGAUAUCUUAUAAUGUGUACUUGGCGGUAUACUCCAUCGCUCAUGCUUUGCAGGAUAUAUACACUUGCACUCCUGGGAAAGGGCUAUUUGCCAAUGGGUCAUGUGCAGAUAUCAAGAAAGUUGAGGCAUGGCAGGUACUGAAGCAUCUGCGACACUUGAACUUCACUAAUAAUAUGGGGGAGCAAGUGGAUUUUGAUGAGUCGGGAGGCCUAAUAGGAAAUUAUUCAAUUAUCAAUUGGCACCUGUCCCCAGAAGAUGGCUCCAUUGUAUUUGAGGAGGUUGGACACUAUAAUGUUUAUGCCAAGAAAGGAGAAAGGUUAUUUAUCAAUGAAAAUAAAAUCCUGUGGAGUGGAUUUUCCAAAGAGGUACCAUUCUCAAAUUGCAGCAGAGACUGCCUUCCGGGUACAAGGAAAGGUAUCAUCGAGGGAGAGCCAACAUGCUGCUUUGAAUGUGUAGAAUGCACAGAUGGAGAGAUCAGUGACGAGACAGAUGCCAGUGCUUGUGAGAAGUGCGCUGAAAACUUCUGGUCCAAUGAAAACCAUACAUUCUGCAUUCCCAAGCAAAUAGAAUUUUUGUCCUGGACAGAACCAUUCGGAAUUGCUCUCACUCUUUUUGCUGUACUAGGCAUCUUCCUAACCUCAUUUGUCCUGGGUGUAUUUACCAGAUUUCGCAACACCCCCAUCGUCAAGGCCACAAACCGUGAGCUCUCUUAUCUCCUCCUGUUCUCCUUGCUCUGUUGCUUCUCUAGUUCCCUUUUCUUCAUUGGUGAGCCCCAAGAUUGGAAUUGCCGCUUACGACAACCAGCCUUCGGUAUCAGCUUUGUACUGUGCAUCUCCUGCAUUCUGGUGAAGACCAACCGUGUUCUUCUGGUUUUUGAGGCUAAGAUACCAACAAGCCUCCAUCGCAAGUGGUGGGGACUUAACCUCCAGUUCCUCCUGGUCUUCUUAUGCACUUUUGUGCAAAUUGUCAUCUGUGUCAUCUGGCUUUAUACAGCUCCCCCUUCUAGCUUUCGUAAUCAUGAAAUGGAGGAUGAAAUAAUCUUUAUCACUUGUAAUGAGGGCUCCUUGAUGGCACUGGGCUUCCUAAUUGGUUACACUUGCCUGCUGGCUGCUAUCUGCUUCUUCUUUGCUUUCAAAUCCCGCAAGCUACCAGAGAACUUCAAUGAAGCCAAAUUUAUCACCUUCAGUAUGUUGAUUUUCUUCAUUGUUUGGAUCUCUUUUAUACCAGCCUAUGCCAGCACCUAUGGCAAAUUUGUCUCAGCAGUGGAGGUGAUUGCCAUUCUGGCAGCCAGCUUUGGGCUUUUAACAUGCAUCUUCUUCAACAAGGUCUACAUCAUCCUCUUCAAGCCGUCACGCAACACCAUUGAAGAAGUACGCUGCAGCACGGCUGCUCACGCUUUCAAAGUGGCAGCCAGAGCUACUCUGCGACGAAGCAACGUGUCUCGCAAGAGGUCCAAUAGUCUGGGAGGCUCUACAGGCUCUACCCCAUCCUCAUCCAUUAGCAGCAAAAGCAACCAUGAGGAACCCUUUUCAAUACCAGCAGAACAACAGCAAAAACAUGGGUGCAAGCAGAAGGUGAGUUUCGGUGGUGGAACUGUUACCUUGUCACUAAGCUUUGAGGAACACCAGAAAAAUGCUGUAGCCAAUAAAAAUGCAAAGCACAGAAACUCCUUGGAAGCCCGAAAUAGUGAUGAUAGUCUCAUGCGGCACAAAGCGCUGCUUCCUCUUCAUGGCAAUGAAUCACUAGAGCCCAAUUUCCAGACACCCUCAAAUCAAGAGUCCCGCAUGCCAGAAUCAGUAGUGGGAGAAACCAAGCAAGGAGAAUAUGUAGAAGGACAACCUUCUUUGUCAGCUGCAUACCUGCGGGAUUUAGUAGGCAGUGACUCCAUCAAAGAAAAUGCCAUUCAUUCAUAA